UAUAACAGAUUAUUUAACCAUUACGUAAAACAUGAUGCAUGAUCCAUAUCAGAUCCACUAAAUCUUCUUGCAAAUUACUACACCUAUCCUUUCAUAUCCUUUCUCUCAUACCCAAAUGCACUUGUCUCAUAGAGCUCAAACAAAUCCAAGCUUACUCCAUUAAAACCCAUCUCCAAAACAACAUCAAUAUCAUUACAAAGUUCAUAAAUUUAUGCACUUCCAACCCCACAGAACCUUCCAUGGACCAUGCACACCACCUGUUCGAUCAAAUUACUCAACCAAAAUUGCCCUUUUCAACACAAUGGCACGUGGAUAUACUUGCGUUAAUGACCCUCUUAGAGCAAUUAUUGUCUUUUCUCAUGUUCUGUGCCCCAGCCUUGUUCCCGAUGACUAUACAUUUUCUUCACUUCUCAAUACUUGUUCAAAGGUUAAGGCUUUGGAAGAAGGGAAACAACUGCAUUGUUUUGCUUUGAAACAUGGCGUCAGGGAUAAUGUAUAUGUUGUUCCAACGCUUAUUAAUAUGUAUACUGCUUGUGGUGAUAUUGAUGUUUCUAGAAGGGUUUUUGAUAAGAUUGAAGAGCCUUGUGUUGUUGCAUAUAAUGCAAUCAUUACUAGUUUGGCUAGGAAUAGUCAACUUAAUGAGGCAUUGGCUUUGUUUAGAGAAAUGCAGGAGAGAAGUCUUAAGCCGACUGACGUUACCAUGCUUGUCGUGCUUCUGUCCUGCGUUUUGCAUGGAUAAUUGGAUUUGGGGAGGUGGAUAUAUGGGUAUGUGAAGAAGUAUGAGUUUGAUCGAUAUGUGAAGGUAAAUACAACUCUUAUAGAUAUGUAUGCUAAAUGUGGGAGCUUGGAUGAUGCUUUUAAUGUGUUCAGACACAUACCUAAUAGAGAUACGUAGGUGUGAUCGGCGAUGAUCAUUGCUCAUGCAACACAUAUGGAUGGUUUCCAAGCAAUAUCAAUGUUGAAAGAAAUGAAGAAAGAAAAAGUGAAGCCCGAUGAGAUAACUUAUUUAGGUAUAAUGUAUGCAUGUUGCCACAACAGAUUGGUAGAAAAAGAUUUUGAAUAUUUUCAUAGUAUGAACGAUGAGUAUGACAUUGUUCCUAGUAUCAAAUAUUAUGGGUGUAUGGUGGAUUUGCUUGGAAGAGCUGAAUUUGUUUGAGUUGUGAGAACAGUAUGCGAAAUAAUCGGUGAGUCUGAUAUGGAUCAUGUAUCAUGUUUUAGAUGAUGGUUGAAUAAUUGGUUAUAUUUUUCACACAAAAUAUACCUCACCUUGGAUGCUAUAUUUUUCACACAAAAUAUUUUUCUACUACCAUAUCUUCUUUCAUUCAACUUCACUCUCCUUCAAGUUUUUGUGUUUUAACCAUGUCUGAAUACAUUCACAAGCGAAAUGUCGAUUUAAUAUUUUCCGUCGUUGCGUCUCCGAUAAAGAUUCGACUCUGGAAUAUAGAUUCGUUUGAACGUCUUAAUCGGGCGUUGAACAGUUGGUUGGAUGGAGAAAUUGGAGAUGGUGAAAGGAUUAGAAGAAUCCAAUGGCUUGUGUCCAUGUUCAACAAAAAUGGAGAAGUGCGUGAAUGGGUGGACAUUAAGACUGACCGAGACGUUCGUAGGAUAAUGCAUUACAUAUUCAAAAUUGUUUUAAUGGUUGUAAUCACAUAGUUCUUGUAUUGUAGUUGUUUUAAUUUUUUGUGUUAUUGUUUAUGUAAUGGUAUUUUCCUCACAAACUUAUAAUAUGAAAUAAAUUUAGUUUUUCA